AUACUGUGACCUCGAUAAAAUUGAGCAGCACCGAUCUGUGAUCGCAUUUUUGUAUCAGAUCGCGAAAGCAAUACGUCGGUUGUAGCGGUCAACAUGAACACAGCGUUACUGUUGCUGUGUUGCGCGGCGGCGCUGGGGGGCGCCUCCGCUCUCUCAAUCAAAUUGAGACAAAAUCCGGAGACUCUUUGCCUCGGCCAAGAUAACUUCCUACGCAUCGCCAGCGUCGACAACUGCUAUGACUACUACCAGUGCUAUGCCGGCCGCUCCUAUCUCAUGCAGUGUCCUGAAGAGACCUGGUUCAACGAAGAGGACCAGGUAUGUGAUCGCUCGGAGCUUCCGGCUAACUGUCGGACGGAAAUUGAACCAGAGCCGGAACCAGAACCUGAACAAGAAAUCGAGCCAGAAGAGGAAGUCGAACCGGAAGAGGAAGUAGAAGAAGAAGUCGAACCGGAAGAGGAAGUAGAAGAAGAAUCAGAACCGGAAGAGGAAGUAGAAGAGGAACCAGAACCGGAAGAGGAAGUAGAAGAUGAAACAGAACCGGAAGAGGAAGUAGAAGAGGUACCAGAAACGGAAAUAGAAGAGGAAUCUGAACCGGAACAGGAAGUAGAAGAGGAACCAGAACAGCAAGAAGUUGAAGAUGACGAAUCUGAAACAGAAAUCGAGGAAGACCUCUUACCGGAAGAAGAUCUAGAUUCUGAAAAUGAGCCGGAAGUUUCUCUUCCUGAAGAUCUAAUUGAAUCAGAAGAAUCUCAAGAAGAUGUGGAACGUGAUGAGGGAGAUGACGAAGCGGAAGAGGAAAAUGAAAAUGAAGAGGAAAGUAAUGAGGAGGAGGAGGAAGAAGAAAAUGAAGUAGAAGAUGUAGACGAAGACGAGGAAGUAGAGGAGAGUGGUGAAGAUGAGGUAGAGGGUGAUGAAAGCGUAGAGGAAGAAAACGAAGAAGAUGAAGAUUCAAACGAAAGUGAAGAAAAUGAAGAGAAUGAAGAGCUCCUAAAAUUCAAUGCGCAACAACAUCAGCAUCAUCAUGAUCACAACCACGGUCAUGACCAUCACCAUAACCACAACCACGGUGAUGACCAUCACCACGACCAUGGGCAUAGCCACGACCACGAUCAUGACCACGAACACAGUCAUGAUCAUGGUCACGACCAUGAACAUGUCCACGAUCAUGACCAUGAGCACGACCACGAUCACGACCAUGAGCAAGAUCACGACCAUGAGCACGAUCACGACCAUGAGCACGAUCACGACCAUGAACACGAUCACAAUCAAGUUGUCCAUGGACAAGAAACUAUCGAAGAACAAUCCAACGAAGAAGCCGAUGAAGAAGAAGUUCCUGAAAAUUUUGAUGCAACACAAGAUGAUCCUCUGAUGAAAUUUGUUAAAGCCUACAGGGAAUAUAAACUUCAAGAAGACCUGGACUCUGAUGAGGAAGAAGAAAUUGAAGAACCGCUAAGAAAUCAACCUAAACCACUAAAACCACAUCCCUAUUUCUAUCCAUACGGACAGUACCCCGCUAAACAACAAGAAGUAGAAGAUAUUGAAAAUGAAGAGGAACUAGAGGAGCAACAAGACGAACAACAAAAACUGUCUAUGCGUUUCCGACGGUCACUUCUAUGGCAAAAUGAAGAUGAUGACGACGAAGAUGCUUUAGAAAAUGAUGAUGACCAAGUUAACGCAGAAGAAGAGUCAAAACGUUCAAGAUCUUUGAAGAGACAAAAUGAAGUCGAGGAAGAUGGAGAGGAUGAAGAUGAUGAAAAAGAUGAUAAUCUAGAUGAUGCAGAAGAAGAGUCUAAACGUUCAAGAAGAUCUUCGAAGAGACAAAAUGAAGUUGAGGAAGAUGAAGAGAAUGAAGAUGACGACGAAGAUGCUCAAGAAGAUGCAGAGGACGAGUCAAAACGUAUGACAAGAUCUUUGAAGCGCCAAAACGAAGAGGAAGAGGACGAAGCUGAUGAGGAUGAAGACGAAAACGAUGGAGAUGAUGAGGAAGAAGAGGAAAAUACCGACGGUGAUUUAGAAGAUGAAGAAGAAAAUGAAGAUGAAGCAAAAUUAGUUAGGUCAAAGCAACGGCAGAACGAAGACGACGACGACGAUGAUGACGACAACGACGACGACGACGACGACGAUGAUGACGACGACGACGACAACGAUGAUGAUGAUGAUGAUGACAAUGAUGACGAUGAUGAAGCAGAUGAAAAUGAAGAAGACAAUGAUGAUGACCUCAAAAGACAAGAUGAAGUAGAUGACGACGAUGAUGACGAUAACGAGGAAGACGAAAACAAUGAUGAAGCUAAUGAAGAAGAAGAUGAUGAUGAUGAAGACGAGGAUGGUGAGGAAGAAGUUGUAGAGAAUGAAGGCAAACGGUUCUUUAGGCGACUUUUUAAAUCAUUAGUAUUUUAGACGUUGGCGCCUUAUAUUUCAAACGCAUUUUAUAGAUAAGUGACAGUUUGAUUUACUGUAGGAAGUUAGGACGAAAUAAUUUAUUUAUAUUUAAGUUCGAGUAGGCUUUUACGUAGAAACACUUGUGCAAUUUUGUAAAUAUGCUGCAGUGAGAAUGAAAUAAAAUUUAUAUAAGAUUU